ACGGACCUCCGCUCUGUCCAGGGAUAACAUACUCUCGCUUUCCCCGCCUGACACGCUGCAGAUCGGACCGUAAAGCUGCUGCUGCCUCCUCUUCUCAUCGGGAACCGGAUCAAGUUCUACAUCUGAGGUUUCUUGAUUUGGCCCGUGGGGAAAGAACCAAUUGCUGGGACAACAGCUGUUUGGACAAAGGAAAAGCAAAUCGAUUUGACCACAACACGCAGUGCAGACCAUCAUCAAGACUGCAGAUUUAACAUCUUCUGGGACAGCAGCAUACACACCAUUUGAAAGGACAUCUUGCAGAUUCUUCUAAACAACUUCAUUCUGAUAUAAUCCGAUUGAUCCAAUUCAAGACCCAGGAGGCAGGCUCUAUCCUCCCAGCCUGUCCUCCAACGAGCAGGAGUUCAGUCUGAAGUAAAGUUGCUUGCGUUGCUCUUGGCCAGCCCAGGUGUUACCCAAUGCUGUCGAACCCUGGUGCGACUGUGCACAGAGGCUUACACCGCUAACGACUGGCAGAUGAUCUGAGGACAUCCAACUCAAGGUGCUGUGCCUUUCGGAGAGGGAGUCUUUCCUCAUCUGUUUGCAAGACGUACACUUGUCAGAGGCCAUGAGUAGCAGCUGGGGUGACAGUCUCCAAAACCCUUUGACGUGGAACACCUAAAAUGGGGACAGGACCUGCUGCCAUGCUGCAAGCUCAGCUCUAAUCACCGCGAAGACGCCCUUCAGUUCACCUUCCUCUCUACUUAGAUUUGCCCCUGACCUGCAGCCCUUCCUGAUUCAAAACUCGCCGCCUCCCUCCCUUCAACGCCUCUUUUUCCUCCUUUCUACUGAGGCGAUAUCACUCGAUAACCCAAACCAUGGCCAGCAGACAGCGCUUGUCCUCCCUGUUCCUCUCCCUCCUGCUCCCUGCACUGUUGCUCCUCCACAUGCCGGCCUGGGUGAAAGGCGACUGCUGGCUCAUAGAGGGGGAUAAAGGCUACGUGUGGCUGGCUAUCUGCAGUCAGAACCAGCCUCCUUACGAGACCAUCCCCCAGCACAUCAACAGCACGGUUCAUGACCUGAGGCUGAAUGAGAACAAACUUAAGGCUGUGCUCUUUACCUCCAUGUACCGCUUCACAAACCUCACUGACCUCAAUCUCACCAAGAACGAGAUCAGCUACAUAGAGGAUGGAGCCUUCGCUGGACAGGCCAACCUACAGGUUCUUCAGCUGGGCUACAAUAAGAUGACUAACCUGACUGAGGGCAUGCUGAGAGGUCUGGGUCGAAUCCAAUGCCUCUUCUUGCAACACAAUCUUAUUGAGGUCAUCGCUAGCAAUGCCUUCUGGGAGUGCCCCAGCCUCAGCAGCCUGGACUUAUCUUCCAAUAAGUUGGCUCGUCUUGACCCGUCUACAUUCACGGUCCUCAACAGGCUGCAGGUGUGUGAACUGGCGGGAAACCCGUUCCACUGUAGCUGUGAUCUUUUCACUUUCCUCACCUGGCUGGAGGCGUUCAACAAUGUCACCCACACCUACGACCGCCUCCAGUGCGAAACGCCUCUGGAAAUGAAUGGUUAUCCUCUUCUGAGUCCGCUGCCAGGGCACGGAAGAAAUGCCCGUUACACUCUUUUAUCCAUGUGUCGCGAUGGUGUAAUAAUUCCAGGGAUGACCUCACAGACACCAGAUCAAGAUGGGUCAGGUAUGGGUUUGGAUAACCCAGAUCAAGGUCUGUACCCCCAACCAACCAUAUCGUCCACUGAUCUCCCUACCUAUAACCAUCAGAUUUCCAUGAAGGUUCAAACUGUCUCCAUCUAUAGCGCUUCUCUAUUGAUACAGAUCCCACGACCAUACAGUAAGAUGUACAUCCUUUCCCAGUACAACCAAAGCUUUGUUGCAGACGUCAAGCCCCUGAAAUUUAAGAGGGAGAUACUGACUUUGGAGAAACUGAAACCACACACAAACUACACUUACUGUGUGGCGUCUGCAAGCAAAUCUCAGCGGUACAACCACACCUGUCUGUUCUUCACCACACGAGCUUUGGGGUCAGAGGACCCACAAGCCAAUCCGUCCACAACUACCCACUACAUCAUGACCAUCCUGGGAUGUCUGUUUGGCAUGGUCAUUGUGCUUGGAGUAGUCUAUUACUGUCUCAGGCGGCGACGCAUCCUGGAGGAGAAGAAGAAAGCUAUAAGCGUGAAGAAAACUAUUUUGGAGAUGAGGUAUGGCCCGGAGGCGGCUGCUGCAGUGGCCAAUGACCCGGGUGCGAUGCAGCGUCUCCAGGAGCAAGCUCACCACCAGCACCACCAUUCAGGUGGAGCAGGAGGCAAGCUGCCCCAGUCUGCCUCCUCUAGCACAGGCAUGCUCCACGGAUCAGCCAACACCAGUACUUCACGCCUCUCCACUUUGCCGCAGGUAGAAAAAAUGGCCACUGCCUUUUCUGAGGCAAUGGGCGGCAAGGGCAACUACAUUGAUGUGAGGACGGCGGGAAUGGCAGUGGAAGGCAGGGAGGGAGGGAUGGGAGCUGGAGGUGCAGUGAUGGGAGGGGAAGCAGUCGUGGAUAUGCGAGGUGGGGCUGAGAAUGGGACGGAGGCUGGGGAGGAUUCGGAUGAUGAUGGCCGUGGCUCAGCAUCAGAGAUCUCCACCAUCGCCAAGGAGGUGGACAAGGUGAACCAGAUCAUCAACAACUGCAUCGACGCCCUGAAGCUGGAUACCUCUGCUUGUGUCGUAACCAGCGCUGACAACGCCAACUCCGUGUCCAACUCUCAGCCGCUAACUUGCAUCGCAUCCCUCCCUCGCAACCUCCUUCCUCUAUCUCCGGGUCACCUUGGCGAUCAGAUCAUGGCCUCCUCUCCAAAGGUGCAUCCAAAGUCUCACCCCCAACCUCAUCCUCAGCCUCACCCCCUGCAACAUCCUCAGCAGCAUCCUCAGUUACAUCCUCAGUUACAUCCCCCUCACCCGCCUUCCAUGGCCCCAGUGCCCCUUGUCAUGCCCCUGUCUGAGCGACCGGGCAUAAGCGGUGGGGGUUUCCUUUCCCCUCCUUACCGUGACCCACCGCCAGCCAAUGCAGUGCGGCCCCUUCAGAGGCAGUUGAGUUCUGACACUGCUGUGAAGAACCGUUGUAACCCUGCAGCGGGAUCAAUCAAGAGUAACAGGGUGUACAGUGUGGAUAUACCCGAGCAGCGCAGCGACCCUCCCAAGUACCCGAUGGAAAAAGGAAGCCCUGCGGGUUGUGGUGGAGGGGGCGGAAAUGGAGGAGGUGGCGGAGUAGGCGGCUGCAACGGAAAUGGGAUGGGAAACAUCAAUGGUGGUGGGGUGAGUGUGAAUGGGGGUGGGAUGGGGUGUAAUAACGGGAACGGAGGUGGGGGUGCAGUGGUUGGCCCAGGACAGCAGCAUCAGCAUCAGCACCAGCACCACUUGGAGGUUCAGCCAGACUACCACAGCUCUGAGCACCGCCACUCCUUUCCUGCGCUCUACUACGAGGGCGGCAACGAAUCACCCUUACCGGCCCAAAAGGCUUCAUUCCUCAAGCCACUGGGCCGCACCAAGAGGGAUGCCACAGCCACCUACUCCCAGCUCUCACCUUCCCGUCACCACAACUACAACUCUGGCUACUCCUCCAGUCCAGAGUAUUCGUCUGAGAGCACACUGCGGAUCUGGGAGCGAUUCCGGCCUUACAAGAAGAGCCCCAGAGAGGAAGCAUCCUAUAUAGCGGCAGGCCACGCCCUGCGUAAGAAGGUGCAGUUUGCCAAGGAUGAGGACCUUCACGAUAUUUUGGACUACUGGAAGGGGGUUUCUGCCCAACAGAAGCUGUGAGCCAAGAAAGGAAAGUCGAAUGUUCUAAGGGAGAUUGUGAGGUUCGAUGCCAACAGCAGACUUAUAAAGGGGAUCAGAUGUUAAUGUAGCAAGACAAAAGCGUAUGGCACUCACUGAGGAAUCCAUUGAAAUUGAUAAUUCCCCUGCUGGAGUUAAAGAGAUAUUCUCUCUGGGUGUUUAAAAAAAUUCCAUAAUAAUCCAUUGACAUUUUAAGAGGUUGUUUCUGAAAUUGGUUAUUUCCCGUACAAUAGGCUGUUCACCAAACUACCUCAUGCUGGGCACGUUGGUCCUCGCAGGCUUCCUUAGCCGGUCAAAUCCCCACUAAUGAGCAAGAAAAGGUGGUAACAAGCAAAUGUUUUCUACCUCAUAACUGGUACUUACUGUAGCUCGGCAAUUUCACCCCCACCCACGUCCUAAACCCAUCAAACCGCCAUUUACAAAAGAAUAAUUCCAAUGCACCGCCAACACCUGCUCUCCUAUAGAAGCAUCAUUUAGGGAGACAAUGAGAGACGGAUGAGGAAUUAGGUGCACUUGUUUUAGAGUAGCCUGAAUCUUCCUCUUUGGGGGAGGACAUUAAGUGAUACUUAUCGGGCUAAUUGUUCUUCCUCGUAAUUAACCAUUGUAAGGAUAGGUCGAGGAGGGGAUGUGUUGAGCAUGCUUAUCGAUUCGAAACACCUCACUACAUAUGUUCACCGGUGUGUGGGCAUGUAUAAAGUUGGUGCAUGCUGGUGAGAGUGAUUGUGUGGGUGGGAGGUUACAGUGCGGGCAGAGUCUUCUCUUAUUCUCAGUCCUGUCUAUGGUAGCAAAAUGAAUAGCUUAGUGGAGAUGCUUUGCAUUUAGAUGUGUGUGUGUGUGUGUGUGUGUGCGUGCGUGCGUGCAUGUCUGUCUAUCUAGAUAGUGUAAAGUAAACCUCUCUUGGCCCAUUUCGUAUUUACUGUUGUAGCAUAUUUCAUUUGAGCUAUAAGGUAAAACAUUCACAUUUCAAAAGUGCAAGUCAUGCGGUUUGGUUGUGGAGGUGUUGGCUCCUAUAUUAAAGAACCCUGUAAUCACAUUUAGGGAAGAUGGACAGCAGGUUAGAGGUUUUGCUGCAUCUCAUUUUGAACCUGCCAGCGUUGGAGAGGAGAUAGGGUGUUGUAUCAGCUCGAGGCAAGGCUGCUUACAAACUUAAAUGAUGUCAAAUGCUCCCUGCACUACACACUGAGAUACAAUAGAUGGUAAGUGGAGUGAAGGCCCGAGGGAAGUACUUGGCCCCAGACUGGAUGACUCGCCACUUUCUUUAUAUGACCCGCUUGCUCUGGGUGGGAACCUGCUAUGGACCAAAGUGCCAUUUGGAGGUACAGUAUGAUUUUACAAGUUUGUUAUAUUCAUUAAUUGAUUUGUUUUCUUCUGUAUGGAACCAAGAACAUAACUCUUGGUUCAUUAUUUCAUAUUUGGGUUUGACUUUCUUGGUGUUACAAUGAAAUCUGUUAAAACAAAUAGGAGCAAGGCUUGGUAAUGACAACAACACAACCAGGAGGCUUGAUGGAUGUUGUUCUCAUUUGCAUUCAUGAGCAUUUUAGUACACAAGAGGCACAGAUGCUUACCAGACAAGUGCUUCAGAUAAUCAAAAUGGAAGUACUUGCCAUUCAUGUGUUGAUCUUAUUGCAUUCCCUCUUGAUCAACACAAAUGCUAUCAGAAUAUACACUUCAGCAGGCUGUCUUUUCAUAUUCCUAUUCUCACCCUGACCUCUUUCUCUGAUGUGACACAUCUCAAUUGAAUAUGUAUAAAUUAUCUUUUAAAUAUCUAAUGAAUUCAUUCACCUCCAUGUUUUCCCCCUACCCGCAACCUCUGUCCAACUUAAUGGGGUACAUUAAUGAGUCAUUUGCGGAGGUUGAUGUCGUACUAUCGUCUGAGGUCAGAAGGGCAUGCUGAUAUUAUUAACUCUGCCAGACUGGGAUCCUGAUUGAAAUUAAUGACGGCUGCCUUCGUUGGUUUAUCUGUCUUUCUGUCCUUGCCUACCGCAUCAGAUGUUUAACCAUGGUCCACCGUUUUCUGUUGCCUGUAACUCUUGCAGACAGGAAUUACCCUGAGUCUGAAAAACUAAGGUCAGAUGUAUGCUUCACGAUGACUCUGCAGGUUACGAUUAGGCCAAGGUCAGCUAGUGUUUGGAUCUAACCUCCUGGGUGUUAUUCCCAUUUGAGUCAGAUUGGCCUGGAAGUGAUGCAUUUCUAUUAGAUUUUCCACUGGAUGAUAUCAUCGUGUCGACAGGGCUUGAGUUUACCCGCUGUUCGAGGUGUACGUUUGACGAGGAAAGGGAAAGCAGAAGGUGGCAUCUCCUCUUUGACCGAUACAGGUCUCUGUCUACAGAAUGGAGCUCUACAAAGAAGGUCAGGUGAUACAUCUGUUGUGAAGUAGCAGAAGAGGAUUAUGCUCAUGUGUAUACACAUUUCAAUGUUAGCAUGAGAGUAGAAAGUAGUCCUAGCAACAACUGUGUAACCAGGUAUUGUUGUAUUGCAUUGGAAGAAACAUCAGAACCCUAGCAAACAAAAGCACAUUUGAACCUUGAGGGGUAAAUGAGAAAACAUGUCAUCAUUUGAUGAACAAACCAUAUUAACAUGCUUUGAUUUUGUACAUAUUGUUCAUCCUGAGUUUGACCUCUCUAUAUCAUCUGUGGCAGCCAAUCCAAUAGCCCCACUAGCGCUCACAAUGGAUGGGAAAGGCGCGUCAUUACUCCAUCAGAUCAAUAGAACCUAAUGUUGGCGGGCGGGAGCAAAUAAAAAAACACAGAGGAAAUUCCCUUUUUUAUGAAGAGCCCAGUUUUUUUUUUUCGUUUGUCCCAUUUUUCAUAAUCCUCUGGCAGCUCCCCUACGUGUUAGGUCCAAGGAAUAACCAAUCAAUUAGUUUUAAAUUAGUACCACAGGCUGCGGGGUUUAGAAAUAAUGGCUUGAUUUGGAAGAAUGAGGGAAGAAAGCUGAGGUUACCUACAUAUACCCUCUAGGGUUUCCCUUAGAUGUGAGGAAUAACAUUAUCUCCAUGAUUGUCAACAUUUGCCCAAUCAUUCAGUUUGUGUGUGUUUUAUCUACGCUUUAAUUUAUUUCACUUCUACAUUACAAUUCUGUUUGAACACUGAGCCAAGCCUUGCUCCUCUUCCACCUUUAAAGUCUUUUCUUAACUAUGUAAUCAUCUAGAGAAGUGUUUGAUAUUUCUCACUUACCAUGACGGGUGUCUGACUCCAUUCCUCAGGGGCCAGAGUCCACAAAUUGAGACUGACAGAUGUACGGAUACUGUACCUGAGGGAUUGUGUGUGUCUUCUCUCCAGUCUGGCCAAUUAACAACAAUGAUAAACCAAUGUGAUGGAUAUUUCUGACAGUCUCAGGCUUCCAGAGGAAAGCGUACCAGGAAACAAUGGAGAUGUCACAACUUGUGGCGGUCUCUGAGGAAUAGAUUCAACCCGUUCUGUGCUGAGUCCCAGAGGUACUGGUAAUCAGGCAUGGUGUCUGCUCUGAGCUCAACAAUAAACCCACUCAUUGGGGCUGUUGUUUUCCCAAGACGAGGUCACAGAGAGAAUAAGAGCUCGAGUCAACAUUAUGGUGUUUGUGAUCAACGGGUACUUUCUGCUUUAUUUAUCUAAGACUUAGUGGAAUGACUUUCUAUACUCCUCAAACUAAUUUGUGUGUUCUUUACCCUGGUGUAGACAAUAUUGCUGGCUGCCUCGGGGACUCAUUGCAACCAAGUUUGGUUUCUCAUUUCAAGUUUAUUGGAAAACAAAUUAAUAGUCUUGGAAAAUCAUAGAACAACCCUCUCGAAUGCCUCCUUGUAGAGAUGUAUUUGCACCUCAUACCAACCUGUAUACUUGCAAUGGUUCCCUGGGAAUAGCAGUAAGACCUCUUUGCGCUUGUUUAAAUUAACUUUUGGAUCUGUACAAUAGGGUCUGCAGUGGAAACACGGACUUUGUGUUAAUGCUGUAAACAUUAACGCAUCGUGCAGACAGAGGCUGGCUUCAUACUUGCAGGAGUACACCCAGAAGCAUUCCUCUACACAUCUCCUUUUGCCCCUUUACCAUUAUCAAGUUAAUGGUACAAUACACCCGGGCUGUGAACAUAACUUUUUGAAACUCCUCUUGGACUUUAAUAUCGGUACAACAAAUGGGAGUCUGGGGACAGAAGUUAUGCGAUACAGGAAAUCAAACAAAUUGUCCCUAGGAUUUUAAUCUCCAACUUUGCCCGGUACCUUUAUAUCUCCUUACAAAGUUGUGCAUUCUGCAAACAGAAUAAUAUAUUUAUGUUGUUAACUUGUAAGAUAUAUACCUUUUUACAUCAGAUACAUUUCAGAAGCUGCAAUUUGAAGAUUUUAAGUAUUUUUGCGCUAUAGUGUGACAGGGUUGGACAGUCCUGCUUUCCACUAUAGGCCAGACAGAUCAAGCCAGGGCGUCUUUCCAAACUCUCGCUGCUCUAGGAGAAGAGUUGAUGUAUUUUAAUUACACAGGUUACUUUUGUCAGAUGCCUUACAAACACAAUGAUCGGUCAGCUGCUGAACAAGUCAAACAAAUAUGUAUUCAGAAAUGUUCUUUGAAGAUAAACUUGUCUUUCGGUGUUGAGAAUAUUGGUGUGCAGAGCCAUGUCUUCUUCAUUGCACUGUACAUCGUGGCCCCGGUCUAAAUCCCCUUGAUGAUUCGUCUAACAAAGAAUGGGCAGACUUGGAGAAAGUACCAUUGAAAGGCUCAGUUCAGAGCACAAGCAUCACCCUUCAAGAAGCACAGGGAACCAAUGAGCAAGGCAUCAUUAAGGAGAAGGUGGUUCAAUGUAAUCAAACAGACAACCCGUCUGGGGUUACCUGGCCUAUCACUCUGUCUGCAUUCAUGUCAUGUCAAGUAAUGACCAUAACCCUACUUCUGCCAAGGAGUCUGUGUUUCCAAUUUCAAUUCCUUUUGUUUGACUAUUAAUAAGUUAGAUAAGUCAAAAACAUUCAAAACGUUUUGACUUAAUAGCCCACGUUCAUUUUGUAUGUAUGUUGCUGGACAUUCAAAGACAUGUAGUUUCGGCUUUCUUAUCUACUAAUCUGGAAACCAUCAAAAAGAGAUUAACGCAAACUAAUCACAUUAACAAGUGUGAUUAUGACUUCCUCCCGUGAUUCAAGCAUUGAUGUUUACCAUGAAUUGCACGGCAGUAAGAAGGAACUACCACCACAUCUUGAUUACAGAGAAUACGUGUUUUAAUCGUAAACACCACUACUAUAAUUAUAACAUUUACCUUGGCAGAUGGUAGCACUUUCUGAGUACUUUCUACUCUUUAAUAGAUUGUGACCACGCAGUUGCUAUGGCUCUGCCUGAAGGAAUUACCUUGAAAGAUGCUCUGCCCUUGAGUGACUUGUUUCUGUCGAACCGGAGGCUUCACAGCGAAUCCAUCCACUCUCCGAUAAGACCGGCUUAGGUGACCUUGGCCCUGGCUAGUUCAACUGGCUCUAAAGAGGAAGCAGGACUGUGGCUAAACCGCAAACAACACUGUCUGUCUGCUGUUGAGGUUGGGACGGUGAUUUGUCGGUUUAUUUGCGGGGUGACCUGAUCUGUUGAUCCUUUGACUCAAUCUCACGACCAAGACUGAGGAAGGGAGUCCCCUUUAUGAAUUCUACAUACAACAAAAGUGGAGGAGUUUCUACCGGAGGUCAACUGUGACACACACACACACACACGACAAACGCACAGACACUAAUGUAGAGAACCAAUGAAUAUACUGUACGUGUUUGAAUAGAUUAGAGUUACACUAUAUGGACUUGAAAUGUGAGAAGACAUACAACAUAUACCUUCCUACACAAAACAAAGUAUACAUUACACACACACUUACAAACACAUUCGCACACACACAAAACAUGCCAUAUUCACACCUGCCCACACAAAAUAUGGACUGAAUAUUUCUAUCCACGUUUACAGACACAAACAUUCUUAAAAAGUGCCAAACGGCGAGUUUUAUGUGCAGGCGGAGUGGAACCAAACAUCUGUAAAAAGGAACUUUACAGGCCUGUAAAAGUGUAUUUACUUCUUUGUAUAAUUUAUGCAUUACUUUUCUCAACUUGUUUUACUUGUAGUGUUAUUGUUCUCAUGAUCUGUUAUAAUCUGUGAAUGUUAGAAUGAACUUUGCUUAUUGUGAAUGUCAUAUUUAAAGUUCUCGUGGUUUCUUCUGAUCUGUCUGACUUUAAAGUGAUCUUAAAUUGUGUAUACGUUUUGUUAAAUUACACAUUACAACAACUCAAAGAAGCCAUUUGCCUUGCAGACACCUCCCUAUAUUAAAUUAGAAAACAAAAAUGUAAAUGAAUACCAAAUAAUACAACAGUAUGGUUUGUGUACAAUUGAAUAUAUGGGAUUUUAUUUUUUUGGUAAACCAAGGUUUUUUUUGGUCGUGCUAGAUUCUGUUUUUCUUCAGGCAAUUCCACACACACACACACACACACACACACACACACUCACCCUGAGAGGUGUGUUGAGGGGCUGAUAAAUGCCUGUCACGGCUGGCCUUUCAAGGACCUUGUUUUUCAGGGAAGGCAGAGAAACAGCAGGAGAGUUUGAGAGUGUCCUUUUGGAAGAUUGAACCGGCUCUGCUGUAAGACUUUUCUUUAAAGUAUUAUCCUUUGCAUUUAUAUGUGUGUUCGUAUGUUUUAUCUGCUUCCAAAUAACCCCGUUGUGUCAGACAGUGCAGCUCAGCACGAGUGCGUCCUCAACGAGUAUGAGCAACAUUCAUAUUGCUUUGAGUGUUUGUGAGUUUGAGGGGUUUUGAUAUGAAGGUUCAUUUUGUCGCUAGAGUGAUGGCCGAGGCCAGGUACCUGAAGCAUUUUCAAUUCAUCUGUCUUUCAGUCUGCAUUACAUUUAGCUGACGCUUUUAUCCAAAGCGACUUACAAUAAGUACAUUCGACCAGGAAGACACAACCUUGAAGAAAACAGAAUCAUAUAAGUGCAUCAGGUUUCAUAGAGCCAAACAUUUCAAGUGCUACUCAACUGGCUUUAGAUAAGCCAGCCCUUUAUUAGUAUAUAAGUGCUUUGUUAGCAGUUCUUUGUUAGUAAUUCUAUCGCUGGAAGUGGAAUUACCUUCAAAGUCUGCAGGGUACUCCAAUGAGGCUGUGCUCAUUCACCUGCUUGCUGUGUCACACACACACACUCAGCAUUAAUUGCAUGCUGCCAAUUUCAUACACACACUCGUUGGCACAUUUGCACUCAGACUGCCAUCAACACAAACACUGAUAGUAAUUACACACUGGCAUGCUUGCUCACACUGUUCACUGACAGGAAUAUUAUCCUACACCAUAAUGUCAAACCUACCCAUGCAUGCACCACCUCCCUCACACCAUGUCCUCCCUUCAUCCUCCUGGUUGAGUGAAUUUCCUUUUUCUGUAAAGCUUUUACUCCUGACCCUCUUGCUCCUCCGUUGCCUGAUUAGCAUUAGCACAGCAGGUUAGCUUGCACUCUGACAACUAGAGUGGUGUUCUAAUUCCCCAAACUCCUGCCCUGCAGAGGUAAGAUGGUGGUCUGACAGACCCCACACACACACCUGGGUUAAGUAAAGGGGAGACUUUGAUUUUUGACUUUUCAACCCCUGGUAUCUCAGGGAUUCAAUCGCAGGUGUUGCUGACUUUUGGUUCAGUGAGUCGAAAGAGAAUAGGUAGAGUGGAGCGGAGGGAAAGAGACUGGAGGACAAACAGUAAAGAAAUUGAGGUGAGACAACAGAGGAACACUGAUACAUAAAGUGGGUUGAGAGACGCUUAUCUGGUGCAUGUCCACAAAGUGAAAGUUAGAAUCUUGUUGUUUGUGGAACUUGAUGCUCCAUCAUCUUAGUCUCUGAAUGCUACUUCCAUUUGUGUGAUCUAGUUGAGAGGAACAAUUGAAUAAAGCAUGUCUGCAGUAGGCUACAGAGUCAAACGUAUCCUUGAGCAAGGCACUGAAGCUGAAACCUCUCUGACGCACCUGAACAUUGGUCUGACUGUGGCUCCGAUGCAUCACUUACAAAAACCACAUGCAUGUAAAGCCCUAUUUGUACAGGACUAGUUGUUGUUGUGUUAUUACCAAGUUGUGUUGGAACGUAAUACCUAUUAAAUCAGCCAUGUAAUGAUUCCUAUGCUCGUCACCCACCAUGCUUAGACAGACACUGAGGUGAUGUGAAAUUAGUCCCGUUUUAAAUCGAUAUCUAGAGGUCUGGGGUUUUGUUCUUUGUCGAGAAUUCUAAACCCAUUUUGACAGAUUUUGGGUGCAAAAUCAGGAGGCACAUUUUAAUAAUUAAAAGCAUAGAGACCCAUUCACAAGAGGUCUUUGUGAUCAUUAUGGAUACAUAAAUAAGCCACUAUUUAUUUAUGAUAUAUAUAAAAAAAGUAUAUGUUACAAGGUUUUGACAUAUUUCCAGAGAUAUCAUAAGUAAAUACAGACAUGUGCAUAACGGGAAACAGACAUCCCAUGAGGUCCUUUGUGUGACUUGGUGGUAUUCAAUUAAGGCCAUUUAGCUAUUGACUUAACUGGCACCAUAAGAACAUUAAAGUAAAAUGUGGCUGCUACUCCUUUAAGCUCCAACAAUUCUGAUUUCUGUCCCCUGGCAGUUAUGUAAGACAUCAUUAGUGAGACUCUGUGUGACCUGUAGUUUUAUCUUAGCUGCAGAGGGUGCUCCCAAAUGUCAUUUUGAAAGAUGAUCCAUUUUGGGUACUGUCAACAUGGAUCAGCUGUUAAUUAUGUUUUACAGGAGUAUAUUCAUAUAAUUAAAAACACGUUUGAAUUGGGUAUCAGCACUCAUUAGAGUCAGUGAAUCACAAUGUAUGAAAUCUAGAGUCAGGGAAUUUUCAAAUAUGGAAACUUUCCAUGGGAAUAAACUGGGAAUUUUCUAAAUUGAAGGUUGGCUCUUCAUAGGGAACUUAAAUAUAGUUGAAAAG